AUGUUUCCUGUACACACAGCCAUGACAACAUGCACAACCCAAUUUUUUGAUGCUCUGACAAAUAAAGACCACGACAAGAUUUUGGAAUUAACUUCAAAUGGAUUGUUAAAAAUGAAAAAGAAGUUUAACUAUCGAAAAAAGAAUGGACCUCAUGAAGCUGAUGAAAUGUCAGCCCUCUUACUUACAAUCAAGUACUGUUACCGUAAAGAUAUCAUUGAGAAAAUGAUUGCAUCAGGAGCCAAUGUAAACGCCACUGGAUAUGAAUACUUGUAUCGUAAUCUCAGCAGAAAGCGGCUGGUAACUCCCCUAUAUCUAGCGGUUAACAGAAGCUGUAACAAAGAACUUCUCAAGUGUCUGAUAUCUGCAGGGGCAGAUUUGAACAAAUUCUCUGGUCAAAUAACAGAAAAUGAAGAGGAAGGAGGAAGCAUGGUGAUGGAUUCCCAAUCCGCCAGUCUGAACUUUGCUCUCCAUUCUCAGUACUAUGAUGCAGAGGUGAUAGACAUCUUACUAGAGAAUGGAGCAGAUCUCAAUAUCAAGAACGAUUCUUCAUUGCUUCCACUACAAAUAGCUACAUUAUAUAAUUACAGUGAUGCAGUUUUAUCACUUGUACGAUACGGUGCAAGUACCAGUCCUUCGUCCUACUCUGAAUAUUCUCCCCUUGCUCUGCUGUUAGAUUCGGCAGAGUUACUUUCUCCUGAUGAUGAACUCUCUUCAGAGGGCCGUGCAGAAAAGCGCUUUAACUUGUUAAGGUGUGUCCAAAUUCUUCUGAAUGGUGGAUACGAUGUGCUCUGUGACACUGAAAUGCAGGAUUUGUGCCAAAAAAGCAAAUGUGGUGAAGAAAUGGAUGAUAUUCUGUUAGAAGUGGCUAAAAUUAUAACUGCCUGGGUGUAUCAACCUAAAGAUCUGAAAGUUUUAUGUAGACUGAAAAUUCGUCAUAAUCUUCAGGUUGUUCAGACAGCAUGUAACCCAAAAAUACUUAACAAAUUACCUCUACCUAAAGCUUUAAUUAAUUAUUUGAAUUUGAGUGAUUUUGAUUAAAGUACUUUUCACUUA